AUGGUUCGAAUAUCUUCGCCUAAAUUUACAUUCCUAACGCAAGUGCUAUUCAGUAAUAAAACGGGUUUUGGUCCAUAUCGUUAUCAUCGUAAAGGGCAACAUUUUGUUGGUACUGAACCUUCCGUUUUGAAAUAUCACAUUUUGCAAGAUAAAAAACCAUCACAGCCAUAUGGACUACAAGGUACGAAUCAUUUAAUUAAAGUGAAAGGAAAAGUUAGCGGAAAUUUACCAACAAAAGUUCAUAUGAAAAAGGAUAAAAUUUAUGCGUGGUGUUCAUGUGGUUAUAGUGGCAAUCAACCAUUAUGCGAUGGAAGCCAUAAUCUUUAUUAUAUUCCGAAUUUGAAAUUGAAGCCGGUUCGGUAUAUACCUGAAGAAGAUAAAGAGGUUUGGUUGUGUAAUUGCAAACAAACGAACAAUCGGCCUUUUUGUGAUGGAUCUCAUCGAGAUAUUCAGAAAGCGAUUGAAAAAGAUAAAAGCUUGUUUGAUGAUUAG